CUGAGGAGGUGGGCGGAAAGGGGAGGCGACGCCGGCGGCGACGAGGAGGGCGACGAGGCACAGACAACCGCGGCAGGCGCGAGCGCGCGCACGCACGUACGCCUCCUUUACUCUCCCCGCGCGGGAGCUCGCGGCCGCCGGGUGGCCGGAGGAGUGCGUGUGUGAGGAGCAAGGGAGUGCCUCGAGGGGGCGGGAGCGGGAUCGGGGAUGGCGGCAACGGGAAAGGGAGGGGCGGCGCGGGUCGCCGCCGGCUUCCUCUUCCUCCUGCAUCUCGUUGCGGCGAUCGCCGGGAAGAGCUACUACGACGUGCUGCAAGUGCCCAAGGGCGCGUCGGAGGAUCAGAUCAAGAGGUCGUACCGCAAGCUUGCCCUCAAGUACCACCCCGACAAGAACCCCGACAAUGAAGAGGCCAACAAGCGCUUCGCGGAGAUCAACAACGCGUAUGAGGUGCUCACGGACCAGGAGAAGAGGAAGAUCUAUGACCGGUACGGCGAGGAGGGGCUGAAGCAGUUCCAAGGCCGGGGAGGUGGCGGUGGUGGAAUGAACAUUCAGGACAUCUUUAGCAGCUUUUUUGGUGGUGGUGGUGGAGCGGAAGAGGAGGAAGAACAGAUCUUAAAAGGUGAUGAAGUGGUUGUUGAACUGGAGGCUUCACUAGAGGAUUUGUACAUGGGCGGUUCCUUAAAGGUUUGGAGAGAGAAAAAUGUCAUAAAACCAGCACCAGGAAAGAGGAAAUGCAACUGUAGGAAUGAAGUUUACCAUCGCCAAAUUGGUCCUGGAAUGUAUCAACAGAUGACUGAGCAGGUCUGCGAUCAAUGUCCAAAUGUGAAAUUUGUACGAGAAGGUGAAUUUUUGACUGUUGAUAUUGAGAAGGGAAUGCAAGAUGGACAGGAGGUUUUAUUUUUUGAGGAAGGUGAACCUAAGAUUGAUGGCGAACCUGGUGAUUUGAAGUUUAGGAUCCGAACAGCACCACAUGGGCGUUUCAGAAGAGAAGGCAAUGAUCUGCAUGCAACAGUUACAAUUUCCCUGCUGCAAUCUCUGGUUGGUUUUGAGAAGACUAUCAAGCAUCUUGACAACCAUCUGGUGGAAAUCGGCACCAAGGGUAUCACUAAGCCUAAGGAGAUAAGGAAAUUCAAAGGCGAAGGCAUGCCGCUGUACCAAAGCAACAAGAAAGGCGACCUGUACGUCACAUUCGAGGUGUUGUUCCCGAAAACGCUAACGGACGACCAGAAGGCCAAGCUGAAGGACAUUCUGGUGUAGACCAUUUUUUCGCUCGUAUGCUACAGAUAGUUCGGGGGCAGUUGCCUCAAGGAAAUUUUCCAUAUAGCUUGCACUGUUGCACAGAAAGGAGCAGCAGCUGCGUUUCUGGGUGUGAUUUUGCGUUGCUAAUGCUAGUGGCUCAGUUUUCGUUUCUCUUUCCCUUGUUUUGCCAUGUCCUUAACAGCUCAGUGUAGUUUUAGAAAGCGCAACAAAAGUGUACCAGAGUAUCUGUGCCCUUCUGAAUUCAGAAUACAUUGAUUACAGAACUGUACUAGCGUGUAAAAAAAUUCCCAAAUCCCUAUUCUACUUGCAAAUCGUCGAA